AUGUCUCUUCCUGAUCAAAACAAUUCUGUUGGGACCAUUGAUGAAUCUGCUGGUUUUUCAAUGAUCUCGACCUCAUCAUCGGAUCAUCAUCAGGAACAAGCAAAUUCUAUCACCACAACAACAGCAAGUACAACUGACUCCUCUCCACCCGUGUCCGUUCUGGACCAUUCCUCCUCUCCUGCUUUGGAAAGAAGCCUUGAUGGAGUUUCAUCAUUGCCAGCCGAAAAUAUUUCUUCAUCAGCCAUGACUAGUAGCACAGUGGCAACAUCAUCCAUUCCUGCUCAUUCGCUUUCUACCUCAUCAUCCAGUACUGCGUCUGUUGCAACAUCACCAUCGUCAGGAAUACCCAAUAUUCAACCAAAAAUCAUUCCUGGACCUCCAAUUUAUGAUCCGAACAGAAUACCAGUGAUGGAAGGCGGAAUUGGUAACGUAUUGAAUUCAUUGGGUGGAUCUUCAUCAUCAGGAUCCACAGGAUCAAAUGUAAUUUCCUCUUUACUUGGAGCUGGUAAAGAGACCAUCUCAUCAGUUUUACCCUUCCAAAUUCCUUUGAUGGACAGUAGUUUCACAAUUGGCUCCAGUGAAAAGUUUUCUCUUAACAAUGUGUAUCAGGAAAAUGCAGAAAAGUUCAAAAGAUUUAAGAACAGAACAUCAUGGGGAUACAAUAAUUUACUUGCCUACUGUUGUCAGACUUAUGUUAUGAUUUUUGAUCCACUUUCCAUGCAACAAAUAUCAUCUUUGUUUGGUCACAGAUAUUUAACAACUUGUGUUGAGUGGUGUGAUAUGUGCAAAUCGAGAGGCAUAGAGAGAGGAAACACCAACAUAAUAGCGAGUGGUGACGAGGGAGGCUUCAUCGUCAUCUGGGACUACAAAAAAGCAAGAAAAAUUUCCAGUUUUGCCGAAGAUAAUGGAAAUACAAAAAAAUCAAUUGUUCAAUUGAAAUGGUUGAACGGAGACAACAUUUAUUUGAUGAGUUUGUCAGCACAUAAUGUAUUUUCUCUUUGGAAUGUACAAACAGCAACGAGAAUUUGGGACAUUGAGUUUCCAGAAACAAUCUCAAGUUUUUCAAUUGAUCCUUUCACAUUGAAAACAUGCUGCUUGCCAAGUGAGAGUGGAUGGACCUAUUUCUUGAAUGAUUUAAACGUCAAAAAGAAGCCUGCAGAAAUUCAACGAAGACUUUAUGGCAGCAUGGAUAAAAAGACUGGUGCUACUCAGACUACAUUGAAGGACUUUUUAUGCUCUUCCCACACAAGAAAUCAAUUUUACGUUGUGGCUAAGAAGGAGAUCACUACUUUUGAUUCAUCUAUUAGAACUACCAUUCAUGGUAAACAUUUAAAGGGAGGAAGAUCAGAUUUUCAAACCUUGUACACGUUUGAAGAUGAACCUAAAUUAAUGUAUUCACUCCACGAUGAUGGAACAAUGUGUGUUUGGGAAUAUAAUGGAGAAAAGUACGAUUCUACAGUGUGUGACGUGGUACGAGGAUCGAAACACGGAGCUGAUAGACCAGGAUUGCUUUAUGGUGUAUCGAUCUCUCCACUUGAUCACACAAAAGUAGCAGCAGUGAGCGCAGAUGGUAAGAUUUGGUUGUGGAGAGUUAACCUGUCGAACAAGAUGCUCACUGGAGGUGGUGAAUCUUCUCCUGAGACUUCCUCAAAAAUUAAGGUCAAUUCGAAGUGGAUGCUUGAAGGAUUGACCGAGUUUACUGGGUCAACUGUGAGCAGUAUUAAGGUUUCUCCAUUUGAUGAUCGUGUUGCUGUCGGUACAAGCAAUGGACUAAUAAUGAUUUAUGAUCUUUUAACUGGAGCUCUUAAAGUUAAGCAUGAUGUUUUCAAUAAUGCUCCAGUAUUGGGAAUUCGUUGGUAUGGCCCUAACUCAUUGCUAUGCUUUUCUUCUUCUGUAUUUGAAAAGAAAAAGGACAGGAAGAAUAACGAGCUUCGACUUGUAAACAUCCUUUCAGGCAAGCAUACAACCAUUGAUGUAAACAGAGAAGAUCAGAACAAACGAGAAGAAUCAUCACGUGCAGGAGGUAUCAAGGGUAUUCGAGUUAGUAACAGCUACAAAUAUCUUGUGAUAAUCUUGCAGGAUAGACCUAUUGAGGUUUGGAGACUUGACACACUGAAAUUAAUUAGAAUGAUUCCAUUCACAAAUGUUACCGCAUUGGAGUGGAUUCCUCUGUCCAAAAAUCACCCAGAACGUGAAAUGUUAUACUUUACCACAAGCGAUGGUUCACUCCAUUUUUACAAGGUUGAAAAUUAUAAGGUUGAGCCUGAUGUUAAAAAACAAAAAGUAUUCUUCACUCCUGUCUCUGCAUUAGCUUGGAAGAGUGACAUUCUUGUUUCAGGAGACAAUGUAGGAACUGUCACAAUUUGGGACCUGGCGAAAAAGAAGUCCCGAGUUUUGCACACCCACAAAGGCCUUAUUAAGAAAAUUGCAUUCAGUAAGGAGCACAAUCAUAUUUUAGUGUUAUUUGCAGAUGGGGAUUUUGGUAUUUGGGAUGUUGAUCAAAACGUUAAAGUAGCAAGCUCUCCAGCCUAUGUUAAAGCAGUAGCAGCUGAUUGGGCGAGAGGCAAUUAUCCUGUCAUCUCCACCAACUCGGGCUCUAUUCUCGUGUUUGAUCUUCAACUUACUACAUGCAACACCAACUUGCUUUUCCAUAGCCGAAGUGAUUAUAUCAAGACGCCUUGCUGCUUGAAGAGUGAUGAAGCUCAAUAUUUUAGAGCCCUCAUUGAGAACAACAAGCUACCAUUCGAUGACAUGUUUAAUGAGAAUCAAGUUGUUGACUCACCCAAUACGUUCAGAAAUUGCAUUGGAGAGGUAAUUACUCCAAAAGCCUCUGAAAGCCUUCAUGAUAAGAUGCUGAGCUACAGAUACUUGAUUCCUGAUCAUAUUUUGAACAAAUUGAAAAAUCCUGCAACCACUACUGCUGAACGAUGCCUUCUUGCAGCACAAUAUUUUGGUGACAAAAUCGCAGAACAGUUUUGGAGAUUAGCCAUAGAAUUUUUAACCAAGUUCUCAAAACAAGACAUUACUCCAACACAUCAAGAGGCCACUCACAAAGAAACUGCACCACAACAGGAAGAAGAGCACUUCUUUACAGAGAAUACUGAGUUAGAACGAUUUGAUGCAAAUGUUUGUUUGAUUUCACCUCUUCCAGCCACGUUUGAUUUAUUGCGAGAUAAUGAGUCUGUUAGAAAUGAAGAGAUGAAAAUUUUGCAACAGCACGACCAAACUCUUCAGCACAAGCUCAAAUCAGGUGCCCCAACUGAACAAGUCAAUGACUUAUUCUCUUUCAUUGCAAGAAAUGAGAGCGAACUGUUGCAAAAGGACCAAGCAGUCAAACUACUAUUGCAAACGCCACUUGAUAGCAAGAACUUGUAUGCCAAUUUCUUACAUGCAACGGUUUUAGCUGCCUCUAACUCUCCUUUACAUUUCAGAGAAACUGUUCAAUUUGUUGCAAGCUCUCUUAUUUCAUUGAAGAAGGAAAAUGACAUUGAGUUUGGUGUACAGUUAUUGUGCUCAAUUGGAGAGGGCUUGAAAGCUUGCAAAAUUCUCCAAGAUUUUGAUAUGUGGGAAAAAGCAGCUCGUAUUGCCAAAAGCAUUUUACCUGAUCACGAUUGCUUGAUUGUGCUCUCAAGAUGGGCAGAUCACCUUCAAAGUAAUAAUCAACUUUUGAAAUCUAUUGGUGUUUGGAUGAGCCUUGGACUUUUUAAGGAGGUGCUAGAUCUGUUACACAAGUCAGAACUUGAUGAUAUUGCCUCAUUGUUCACCAAGGCCUACGAUGAAUAUUUACCACAUUUACCACUUAGUGAGCUUCACAGAUAUUUCAUAUUGAAGGUCUCUUCUCCAUCGAAAUUAAGCGAACCUUUGUAUAGCAGUAGUAAGAACCAUGAUGAUUUUGUAAUGACAUGUCGAAAACUCAAAUAUUUCGUCUAUCAGCAAUAUGCUGUAUUUUUAGACAAGAUUGGUUACAAUGAGUUAGCAGAGGAAUACAAAUUUACCAUCAAACCAGAGGAAGUUGGACUUUCUGGCAUUCCAGAAAAUAUUUCUCAAGUGUUACAAGCAGGAGAGGAAAAUGUAACUGAGUCGUCGUUGGGACAGCCACUCGAUCGUCAAGAGAGUUGGGUCGUUGUUGAGGAACAAACAAACUUGUUGACACCAAAUGUACAACCUUCACCAAGUGAAAACAAGUCGACUGAUAUUUUUGAUCUUCCUCAUGAAGAGCAAUAG